AUGCGCUUUCAGUCAGUACUAGCUGCUAUACUACUCAGCCUAAGCUUCACCAUCCACGCCACUCAAACCUUCAAGAACACGGGCACGACCUCCGGCUGGAGCUCCAUCAACCAAGAACACAAGGGCACGGUGCAACAGGUCACAAAUGUAGUGUACGGCGGGUCAACCGCGCUGAAAAUGACUCAGGUGUACGACCCGAGCUACAGCGGUCGCUAUCACUCGGAGGUAGUCCACAACGACAUGUACAAGCUGGGCGACGAAGGCUUCUACGGGUUCACAUUCCGUCUGCAAGAAUCGUGGCAGUUCUCGCCCGCCCAAUCGUACAAUAUCGCACAGUUCAUCGCCGAUUUCGGCGACACGGGCUGCGAUGACUACAUGCCGUCCAGCAUGGUGUGGCUGAUUGGGGACCGGCUCUUUACGCGAGUCAAGACGGGUAGUGUGUGCGCGCAGAAGACGACUACCUUUGGCAAUUUGGCCACUGUGAGUCCUGGCGUGUGGCAUAAGAUUAUUAUCCAGGCGAAGUGGCGCGCGGACGGUACGGGGUACUAUAAGAUGUGGUUUGAUGGGAAGAAAAUCCUCGAGAAGUACAACAUUGAUACCACCGUUGAUGACGCCCGGCCAUUCCAGUUCCGCGUUGGUCUUUAUGCCAACGGCUGGUAUGAUGAUGGCGGUAUGAAGGGAUCCCAGGGUACACGCCAGGUGUGGUAUGAUGAGAUCGUUGCUGGCACGACCUUUGCCGAUGCGGAUCCUGAUCAGCAGUAA